CUAGAUCACAAAUACACUUUUAGUCUCAUUGUGUCAUUGCAAAACCAAUCUUACCUAGCCAAUGGCUUUAAAAGGACAAGAAGUCAUGAGUAUAGCCCUAGUCCUCAUGGUUAUGGUCUGGGGUGGUGCCCAUGCUCAAUCGAGCACUUGCACCAACACACUCAUGGGCUUGGCUUCAUGCCUAAACUAUGUCACAGGCAACUCGUCUACCCCUUCACCUUCAUGUUGCUCACAACUCUCGACUGUGGUGCAGUCACAACCACGUUGUCUUUGCUCGUUGCUCAAUGGCAAUGGCCCCAACAUCGGUGUUACUAUCAAUCAAACUCUUGCGAUAAGCCUUCCUGGUGCAUGUAAAGUUCAAACACCUCCACUUAACUUAUGCAAUGCCAUUGCUAAUGGACCCGCUAGUGGACCUACAAGUUCAACAACUUCCCCCAUAGCCUCACCAACAGAGCCAUCAGUGGAAACACCUGAAGCUCCUACUGCAUCAUUUACACCAAGUGUCCCUUCAGCAUCAGGAUCUGGAUCAAAAUCAACGCCAUCAACAAAUAACAACACCUCAAAUGGAAGCAAAUUUGGAGCACCAAGUUACCUUGUGCUUUUCGUUCUUUUAUUUGUUAGGAAAUUAUAAGAAUUCUUGUGAACUUAAUAGAACUAUUCUUGGUUGUGUUGCAUUUGAUUAAGCAUAUUGCUUUUUUUGCCAUGUGUGAUUGUAGUUUCUAAUGGUUUUGUCAUUUUGAACGGAUUUGCCAUGCAAUUUCUUA